AAUUAGAUGAAUUGCGACAAAAGGUAUUAGAUGCAACAUUGUCUAUGAGAUUAAAAGAUGAGAAUAAUGAAAGUGAUACAAAUGCGAUAGAUGAAAUUGAAGAACAACUAAUGUUAGAAGAACCAGAAAAUAAUACUCCUAUUGAGAAUAAUGAUGAUUCUAAAUUUGUUGAACACAAAUUUAACAAAGAUGAUCAUAGUAAUAUGGAAUUUGAUGUUGAUACUUUG